GGGAGGAUGCGGCUGAAGCUGGGCUUUCUGCUGCGCGCCGUGCUGCUGGCGGGCAGCUUCCUGGGGCUGCUGCUGCUCUGGUCCUCGCUGGCCCCCCGCGCCGAGGAGCCGAGCCCGCAGGGCAGGAUGCGGGAGGACAAAGAAGCUAAGAAUCCCGUGCCAGACAAAGGAAACCAUGGACUAGCUCCAGGAAAUGAGAAAUUCAAACCUGUGGUACCCUGGCCUCAUGUUGAAGGCAUGGAAGUGGACUUAGAAUCUAUUCGAAGAAAAAAUAAGGCCAAAAAUGAACUAGAACAUCAUGUUGGUGAUAACAAUCAGCAGAACAUCAUGCAGAGGCAAUAUCUCACAUUUAAGCCUCAGACAUUUACAUACCAUGAUCCUGUUUUACAACCUGCAGUCCUUGGUAAUUUUGAGCCCAAAGAACCUGAGCCUCAUGGAGUUGCUGGUGGCCCCGGAGAGGAAGGCAAGCCAUAUGUAUUAGGACCAGACUACAAAGAAUCCAUUCAAGCCAGCAUUAAAGAGUUUGGGUUUAAUAUGGUGGCAAGUGAUAUGAUCUCACUAGAUCGGAGCAUUAAUGACCUGCGUCAAGAAGAGUGCAAGUAUUGGCAUUAUGAUGAGAACCUGCUCACCUCCAGUGUUGUCAUUGUCUUCCAUAAUGAAGGAUGGUCCACGCUCAUGAGGACAGUUCACAGUGUAAUAAAAAGGACACCAAGGAAAUACUUGGCAGAAAUUGUGAUGAUUGAUGAUUUCAGUAACAAAGCGCACUUAAAAGAAAGACUAGACGAGUACAUUAAGCAGUGGAAUGGCCUUGUAAAGGUAUUUCGAAAUGAGAGGAGAGAAGGUUUAAUUCAAGCUAGAAGCAUUGGAGCUCAGAAGGCUAAACUUGGACAGGUUUUGAUUUACCUUGAUGCCCAUUGUGAGGUGGCAGUUAACUGGUAUGCACCACUUGUAGCUCCUAUAUCUAAGGACAGAACUACAUGUACUGUGCCUCUAAUAGAUUACAUAGAUGGGAAUGAUUAUUCCAUUGAGCCGCAGCAAGGUGGGGAUGAAGAUGGUUUUGCCAGAGGGGCCUGGGACUGGAGUUUGCUGUGGAAACGAAUUCCAUUAAGCCACAAGGAAAAGGCCAAAAGAAAGCAUAAAACUGAGCCUUAUCGAACCACAUGCACUGUGCCGCUCAUAGAUGUCGUAGAUGGCAACACUUACACUAUUAUACCCCAAGGGGGUGGUGACGAAGAUGGGUUUGCUAGAGGAGCAUGGGAUUGGAGUAUGCUAUGGAAGAGGGUGCCUUUGACCAAGCGAGAGAAGGAAAUGAGAAAGACACAAACUGAGCCGUAUCGGUCCCCUGCAAUGGCCGGUGGAUUAUUUGCCAUUGAACGUGAUUUCUUCUUUGAACUGGGUCUCUAUGACCCAGGUCUUCAAAUCUGGGGUGGUGAAAACUUUGAAAUUUCUUACAAGAUCUGGCAAUGUGGAGGGAAGCUCUUGUUUGUUCCUUGUUCUCGUGUUGGACACAUCUAUCGUCUCCAGGGUUGGCAAGGAAAUCCGCCCCCAGUCUACGUUGGGUCCUCUCCUACGCUGAAGAACUAUGUCAGAGUGGUGGAAGUUUGGUGGGAUGAGUACAAAGAUUACUUCUAUGCCAGUCGUCCAGAGACAAAAGCACUACCAUAUGGGGAUAUAUCUGAGCUGAAAAAGUUCCGUGAAGAUCACAACUGCAAAAGUUUUAAAUGGUUUAUGGAAGAAAUAGCCUAUGAUAUAACUUCACACUAUCCCUUACCAUCUAAAAAUGUGGACUGGGGAGAGAUCAGAGGCUUUGAAACUGCUUACUGCAUAGAUAGCAUGGGGCACACCAAUGGCGGUUUUGUAGAACUUGGACCAUGCCACAGAAUGGGAGGUAAUCAGCUUUUUCGAAUAAAUGAAGCUAAUCAACUAAUGCAGUAUGACCAGUGUUUGACUAAAGGACCUGAUGGAUCAAAAGUUAUGAUUACGCACUGUAAUCUAAAUGAAUACAAGGAAUGGCAAUACUUCAAGAAUCUACAUAGAUUUACCCAUAUUCCUUCAGGGAAGUGCUUAGAUCGCUCAGAGGUCUUACACCAAGUCUUUAUCACUGAAUGUGACUCCAGUAAAGCAACACAAAAAUGGGAAAUGAACAACAUUCUUAGUGUAUAGACAAAACAAACAAAAACCUGGCCUACUGAAACAUUAAUUUGUACAGGACUGAAAAUAACCUGAAAACUGCUGCAACUAUUAACUUUGUACAGCUGCAAGCCUGAAAUCUCCUGGUUUGGAUGAAGGACAUAGAUGAACUGUGAUUUUACAAUAACAUUAUCAUCUGCAGUUAAUGUUUACAAAACUGCUUUUACCUUAAACUUUGUAGAUGUUUACAUCUUUUUGUUUUAAGAUGUUGGGGGUUUAAUGUGCUCUUAGCUAUGUUUUAUAGAAACAAAGUUAAAGGCACUGUGGUCUUCUUUGGGAUUUCACUCAGGGGUCUGAAGGCAGUUUUUUUACACACACUUGAAAAGGUUGGAGUAACCAGACUUUCAUAUAAUGUGGUGAUUAUCAACCUGUUGUAUCUUUUUAUUUUAUUUUACAUC